UUCAUUUCUCUUCUUCCAAGUCCCGUCCUCGUCUCAAACAGUUGGUACGCAGCAACACUUUCUUGUGUUUUUCUCUCUCUAGAUUUCUCUCUCACUCUCUCACGAGAUUUUCUCGCAGAAGAGAAUCCAGCACGAUGCAGUACAGGAACCUUGGGCGAUCGGGGCUAAAGGUGAGCCAGUUGUCAUACGGCGCGUGGGUGAGCUUCGGGAACCAGUUGGACGUGAAGGAGGCGAAGGCGUUGCUCCAGUGCUGCCGCGACCACGGCGUCAACUUCUUCGACAAUGCCGAGGUCUACGCCAACGGCCGCGCCGAGGAGAUCAUGGGACAGGCGAUCCGGGAGCUCGGGUGGAAGCGCUCCGACGUCGUCAUUUCGACCAAGAUCUUCUGGGGCGGACAGGGCCCCAACGACAAGGGCCUCUCGCGUAAGCACAUAGUGGAGGGCACCAAAGCCUCGCUCAAGCGCCUCGAUACGGACUACGUCGACGUUAUCUACUGCCACCGCCCUGACAUCUCCACGCCCAUCGAGGAAACCGUGCGGGCCAUGAACCACGUCAUUGACAAAGGCUGGGCUUUCUACUGGGGCACCAGUGAGUGGUCGGCUCAGCAGAUCACUGAGGCCUGGGGUGUGGCCCAGAGACUCGACCUCGUCGGGCCUAUUGUAGAACAGCCUGAGUAUAACCUCUUGGCCAGGCACAAGGUUGAGUCUGAGUAUCUUCCUCUGUACACCAACUAUGGCAUAGGUCUCACUACAUGGAGUCCUCUUGCCUCUGGAGUGCUCACUGGGAAAUAUAAGAAAGGAGUUAUACCGCCAGAUAGCAGAUUUUCUUUGGAAAAUUACAAAAAUCUGGCAUCGCGAUCACUGGUUGAUGAUGUGCUUAAGAAGGUUGAUGGAUUACAGCCAAUUGCGGAUGAGCUUGGUGUUCCACUGUCACAACUUGCGAUUGCGUGGUGUGCUGCUAAUCCUAAUGUUUCUUCUGUUAUCUGUGGUGCUACAAAGGAGUCUCAGAUUCAAGAGAACAUGAAAGCAAUCGAUGUGAUUCCAUUAUUGACUCCUGUUGUGAUGGAGAAGAUUGAAGCUGUUGUUCAAAGCAAGCCAAAGCGCCCUGACUCGUACCGAUAAAUCGGAGUUUUUCCAUGGUUGACGCAUCUUGAAUAUGCAUUAGAUGGUAUACUCCUUCAUCCCUGGGCACUGGAGUGGAAAUUCAUGUUGAAAUUAUAUUGGUUUGGUUGAUGAGAUUUCCUCAUAAAAGACUUUAUUUGUGUCUUAUAUUUUCCUUGUGGAACUGAAUAUGCCUUCUUUUUUAUGGGUUCAAACAUUCCAAAUUGAUUUUGGAAACAAAGCAUUAAGAUCUUGGAGUUUAGGCUUACGUUUGCCUUCCGAAUUAAAUAUGCGAUACCAUUAUUUGUGACAGUUGCAUUUGUGGAUCCA